GCAAGUAGAACUCUUAAAAGGGUUUGACCAGUCUAGGAUUGGUCCGUGAGCUGUGUAUGUAGAACCACGUUUAUCAUCAGUACAACAACUCUCCACCAUUAUCAUUUCAAUUUACAAACAUUGAGGACCGAGGAGCUAGCAGACUCACAGUCUGCAACUUGUAGUAGGUCCGUUACAAAAACUUAACAAUAAUACUAACAACUUGCCAGAGGGCAUUCUUGGUAAACAAACAUUUCUCACCGCCCCUCUCAAGAUUCUCAUUCUGAUUCAUCAUCUUUGUGACAUAAUACAAAGAAUUUGGUUUCAUGAUGUCUCAUUGGGAUCUUUGUGAAGCUGAUGCAAUGGAGGAGGGUGGCUCCAUGGUGAGGAAAUGGGAAGAUUUGGACACUGAUAUUUUGGUGAAGAUAUUCCAGUCGUUCAACAUCUUUGAGCUGACUUCAGGCAUUGCUCACGUUUGCAGUUCGUGGCGUUUGGCCUGUUGCGAUCCCUUGCUCUGGAAAACACUUGAUUUGUCUAUGUUGAAGUCUAAUUUCAUUAAGAUCCCUUUGGAGCCUUAUGUGUAUGUUGAUGGCCGUUCUGAUACGACAUUGACCCGUGUGUUGAAGACUUCCUUGAAUCUUAGCCAGGGAAACAUAACUUCAUUGAUUUUUCACUUUAACCUGUAUGUAAGCGACGACCAGUUGACUUAUACUGCUGAAAGGUGUCCACGACUCAAAAGACUUGUUUUGCCAGCAUGGAACCGGAUAAAAAAGACUGGAAUAUGCAAGGCUAUUCGAAUGUGGAGAAAUCUUGAAUCCUUAACAAUGCCCAGCAUAGCGAAUCCUCCUUAUCUGAUUGAGGAAAUUGCCAACAAUUGUAGAAACUUUACUGAACUCAAGGUCAUGGGACCUUUUGAGAUUUUUUUUGCGUCCACUCUAGCUACGUAUCUUCCAAAAUUAAGGGUUUUGAGUCUUCGCUGUUCGAUGUUGAUAAAAGAUGCUUUGAUCCUAAUUUUGGAUAGUUUGCAAAGUCUUGAAGUGCUUAAUAUUUCACACUGCCUUUUGAUUGAAGUCCCUACACCUCCUGCACCGAAACGGAUAAUCAGGGAGCUUGAUCAAUCUAUCCUUCAAAAAGCUUCCCGAUUACGCGAAUUCUUAACUUGCAUGGAUGAUUCGUGCACGAUGUGCCAGAGAACGAAAAGCGACGAAGGACUGAUGCGGUGGUACAAGUAUGAGGAAGGGAUGUGGAAGAGAGACGAGGUGAGCUCACUUGCUCUUUAAUUGGGGCAUCGUGUGAGCGCAUUGUAAAACUUAUAGCUUCUGAAUGCUAAUAAAAUGUGUGAGUGGAUUUAUGUAAAAAGCUGCCCUCAUUGCGUUGUGAUGAUACAAAAUGGUGGCAGCGAGUAGUUUUGGACAGAUGUUGGUAUAUGCCUAUUAAUUGCUCCUUCCGUAGAGGUCAUUUGUAACUGUAGUAAUAAUGUAUAUACGUUGUAUUCUACCAUUUUCUGGUGUUUCAAGAUCACCCUCUCUUAAUUCUUAUGUAUCAAA